CCAGCUCUCUCCGAUACUCUGCUUUCAUCAUCUCUUUGUGUCUCUCUCUCAAAUAAAAGACAGAAGAAAACCCUAAAUACACACGCGCUCUUCUUUUGUCAUCAUCUGUGUCCUCAAGCCUCUUCUCUUGGACGGUUCUUUGAAAGACCUCUCUCCCUUUAACAUCUUUGGAUUCUCAAUUAACAUGCGUGGUGGUGGUUCAGAACUGGAGCUAGGGAAGAGUAAUCUUCUCCCGGCUGAGAAUGAGCUGGAGCUGGGACUGGGACUAGGGCUCAGCCUCGGCAGCGGCGCGUGGAGAGAGCGUGGGAGGAUUCUGACGGCUAAGGAUUUUCCUUCUGUUGGGUCUAAACGAGCUGCUGACUCUUCCUCUCACCAGGGAGCAUCUCCUCCUCGUUCAAGUCAGGUUGUGGGAUGGCCACCAGUUGGGUCACACAGGAUGAACAGUUUGGUUAACCACCAAGCUGUGAAGGCUGCCAAAGCGGAAGGAGAAGAGGUGAAGCAGAAGAAUAAGGAUGAGCCUAAAGAUGUCUCAGUUCAUGGUUCAGGGUUUGUGAAAGUGAACAAGGAUGGAGUUGGUAUAGGCAGGAAAGUGGAUAUGAGAGCUCAUUCUUCUUAUGAAAACUUGGCUCAGACGCUUGAGGAAAUGUUCUUCGGAAUGACAGGUGCUACUUGUGGGGAAAAGGUGAGACCUUUAAGACUUUUAGACGGAUCAUCAGAGUUUGUACUCACUUACGAAGAUAAGGAAGGAGAUUGGAUGCUUGUAGGUGAUGUUCCAUGGAGAAUGUUUAUCACUUCGGUUAAAAGGCUUCGGAUCAUGGGAACCUCGGAAGCUAAUGGUCUUGCUCCAAGACAUCAAGAAGAGAAGGAUAGACAAAGAAACAACCUUGCUUAGCUUCUCUUCAAAAGCUAGGCAUUGACAUGGUUUUUUGGUUUGGCUAGUUGCUCAAUAAGUAUACAUAAAAGUCGAAGCUUAGAUUUGAUAUGUUAAUCCUAGAUUUCGGAUAUGGUUUUUUCCUUUAGGUCAGUUCAGUUCUUGGUCGUUUUCUUCCAGUUGUUUCUCGGCGAGAAUAGUCUUUUAUAUGUAAAUAGUUGAAGCUAUCUAAUGUGAUGAGAGUUCUGUUUC